AUGCUAAAGGAACGUACAGCUCUCGAGACCGUCGGGGUGGGCGACAGCAGGACCCCGCACCUCUGCGACUCCGCUGCUCUCCUCGGACCCGGGUGGCUCAGGCCUCUUCCAGGAGAUGGAGGACUUCGAGGUCAGUCGCACAUUCAGACGCCUUCAGAAGUCGUACAACGCUGUAUGCGACGAGCUUUGCUGCUCGAAUUCCCAAGUCUCGCUUCCCAGUCCUCCUCCCUGCCCUCCUCGCCCUCAUCCUCCCCCGUUUCGCCUUCACUCAACAACGCUGGCAACUUUCGGCAGAUGAGCUAUACAAGGUGGAGCGGCGGGGCUUCCGGUCGAUGCGCAGACACGGGGUAUCGAGGGAUCCACGCACACCUGAUCGGAGGGAACUGGCUGGACAAGACAGAUGUUGCUCCCUCCGCAGUAUUGUGCCUGGUCUCUUUCCUCGCGCUCGCCGGCGUCGGCUGGCGGUAUAGGGAGGUGCGAGUGAACUACCUCUUCGUCUUUGUCGCAGCUCUCGUCUUCUUAGCCCUCGCCUUCGCUAUCCACGCCGGGCUCGCCAACACUUCUCCCUCGAACCGCCCAAUCUCCGCAUCCUCGACCAGCGACGCCUUUUUCUAUACCGCAUUUCUCCUCUUCCUGAUCGGCCACGUCCUCUUCACCCGCGUCUUCCUCAACAGGGCAUCCCUGGUACAUUGGCCCAACACGCUGCUCUACAUCGCCCUCGUCCUCCUCACAAUCGCAACAAUCCUCUUCUACGCCUCUCUCGCGCGCGCUCAAACGGCGGCCUCUGCUGUACCUCCUCGACAGUACAGCCAGCUGCGGAUAGCCAGCGCCUCGUUCGACCUCAUCGUUACCAUCCUCUACGCCCUCCUCCUCCCGCUCGCUAAACUCGUUGCGCCCGAACUUCCCGGCUUCGAGCUAGGGCUUCUGACCCUUGCAGCAUGGUUCCUCUUUGUACCAGCCUUCUACCUCUUCUGUAUCGCCGCCGUCACGGCUGACUCCUCGCCGCUGGUCUGCUCUCAAACGUUCUCCUACCUCUCCUUCUCGCUCUUCCCCUUCCUCGCCCUCGCAAUCCUCAUCGGCCUCCCCCUCCAACGCUGGGGCUUCACCCUCCCUCCUCGUGACCUAGUCCUCGCCGGCGCGUUGCCCGCGUCCUCAACCGCCGCCGCGCUCGCACACGAAGAAGCCCAGCUCGAAGCGGCUGCUGAUUGGGCGGAGGAGGAACGGAUGAGGGAGAUCGACGAGGAGAGGUUGUUGAGGGAGGCGAGGGAGGUUGUGGGCGAGAACGCGGAGAGGGCGGGAUUGGUGGGACAUGGAGACGAUGCUUGGAGUUUGCGCUUGCAUUGA